AUGGAUUUAGACGAUGAAGGAAGGUUAAAAAAUAUUUUUUGGGCAGAUCCACGUAGUCGGGCAGCCUACCAGUAUUUUGGUGACGUAGUUACAUUCGACACCACAUACCUGACGAAUAGGUAUGGGAUGCCAUUUGCGCCAUUUGUUGGUAUAAACCAUCACGGACAGUCAAUUCUUUUGGGAGUUUGGUUAAUUUCCAGUGAGGAUACGGAGACCUUUACAUGGUCAUUUCAAAUCUGGUUGCAAUGUAUGGAUGGUAUAGCUUCAAAGGCUAUUAUUACUGAUCAAGACAGAGCAAUGAAAAAUACAAUUGCUACUGUCUUUCCAGAAACUCGACAUAGAUUAAGCCUAUGGCAUAUACUGAAGAAAGUCCCUGAGAAGUUUGGGUCAUAUGCUGCAUAUAGAAGUGGGCUGAAAACUCGACUAAUGAAAUGUGUGUACAACACACAAACUAUUGAGGAGUUUGAGAAAUGUUGGGCCGAGUUUAUUAACACAUAUGACUUACAUGAGAAUCCAUGGUUUAAAAGUUUAUAUGCGGAGUGUGAGCAUUGGGUACCGGUUUUCCUGAAAGACCACUUUUGGGCUGGAAUGAGUACAACCCAACGCAACGAGAGUAUGAAUGCUUUUUUUGACGGUUAUGUUCAUUCAAAAACAAACUUGAAGAAGUUUGUCGACCAGUUUGACAAUGCGCUGAAGAAGAAAAUUGAGAAUGAAAAUCAUGCGGAAUUCAAAUCAUUUAGCCAGGUCAUUCCCUAUGUAUCGAGAUCUCUAAUUGAAAAGAAAUUCCAAGAGUUUUCUUUGCCCAUAAUAGAUUCGAAUGCUGGUUAUAUGACAUUGGACACAACUGCAGUUGCUGGUUCACAACAAGUCAAGAGUCCACUUGUUGUCAGAGGGAAAGGAAAACCCCCAUCUCUGAGGAGAGCAUCCAGGAUGGAGACAAACAUACGAAAGGAAGCCCUCGAUAGUAUUGAGUUUGCUAGACGUGAUCCUAAUUCUAGAUGGGGUUCUAUGCGAGCUGCAAUGGGACAUCCAGAACCUUUUGACUUGAGACAUGUUGCUCUUGGGAAUGAUGGUUGCGGGAAUAAGAAAAAUCAAGGUUUUUGUAAUUAUCUUGUAAGUAGGAAGGUUGGUGGUUAA